AUGGUCCGUUUUGUGACUGCUCUCCUGGCCCUGUCUGCAACGGCUUUGGCAACCACCACGUGCAGCACCAGCAGCCAAUGUCCCGAGGAUUACCCUUGUUGCUCCCAAUAUGGCGAGUGUGGUACUGGCGCAUACUGCCUCGGCGGUUGUGAUAUCAUGUCCUCCUACUCCAUCGAGUCAUGUGCUCCUAUGCCCGUCUGCGAAAACAAGAGCUACACUUGGGAGAACCUUGACAACUCUAUCCUGAACACCGACUACCUGGGCAAUGCCUCCGCCGCCGACUGGACCUACAGUGGUUACCCCAAGAUUGAGAACAACUCUCUUCUCAUGACUAUGCCCAAGGAGUCUGUCGGAACUCUCUUCGCCAACAACCACUACAUCUGGUACGGCAAGGUCUCUGGAAGAAUCAAGUCUAGCCGUGGCAAGGGUGUCGUGACUGCUUUCAUCCUCUUGUCCGAUGUCAAGGAUGAGAUCGACUACGAGUGGGUCGGUGCCGACCUGACUGCUGUGCAGACCAACUACUACUGGCAGGGUGUUCUUGAUUGGCACAACAGCGGCAACGCUUCCGUCAGCGGCGAGGAUACUUUCGAUGACUGGCACACCUACGAGAUCGACUGGCAGCCCGAUCAGCUGCAGUGGAUCAUCGACGGUACCGUGAUGCGCACCCUCCUAAAGUCCGAUACCUACAACUCCACCUCCAAGCAGUACCAGUACCCCCAGACCCCCUCUCGCCUGCAGAUGUCCCUUUGGCCCGCCGGUCAGUCCACUAACGCCGCUGGUACCAUCGCCUGGGCUGGUGGUGAGAUUGAUUGGGACAGCGAGGACAUCAAGGAUCCCGGAUACUACUACGCGACCAUCGGCCAGGUUAAUGUUACUUGCUACGCCACCCCCGACGGAAUUACCACCACCGGCAACAACUCUUACGUUUACACCUCUAGCAGCGCUAUGGAGACCGAUGUUGAGGUCACUGCCAACUCGACCGUUCUGGGCUCCCUUGGUGCUACCGGUUUGGACAUGACCCUCGGUGCUAACUCCACCUCGUCUGGUACCAGCAGCGGCAACAGCACCAACAGCGUCCCCACCAACUCCAACGGCUCCGGUGGCUCCAAUGCGCAGGGUGUGGCCACUUCUUCCAGCUCCGACACCGCAGCUACCACUACUAGCAGCUCCUUCAGCCAGGGCACCACCACCAACAGCGGUGCUGCCAACCAGAACGAGCGUGUUCUGCACGGCUCUUUCUUCGCGGUCCUGGUGGCUGUUGUGGCUCUCGUCACAUUUUAA